AUGGCGAGGGUGAGGCAGUGUGCAAAGAAGAUCCGCCUGUAUCUAUCACGUUUCGCCGUCAAUCCUCACUAUUCGUCUCAGGAGUUUGUAAAGGAAUUUCGCUCCGCACUUAAAGACAAGAAACCGUUUCCUCAUUGGCAUCUGACUACUUUCUUGGCCAUAGCGCCUGAGCUGUUCAAUCGUCUUCAUAAAGAACUUAUUGAAUAUAAAGGAUGGAAUCGCAAAGAAAACGAUUUGUACUCUCUAUAUCAAACUCCUGAUCUGAAGUCGAUCAAUGCACAAGAGUACCCAACUCUAGGCGCAUUCUGGGAUUUUCUCCGUGGAGAAAUGAAAGAAUGGCUGGAGAAUACGAGUGGAAUUGAGUUACUAGACGAAGUGGACGCCACUGGUAGUUGUUAUGGAACCACAGACUGUCUUCUACCACAUUCUGAUCAGGUCGAGAAUAGGCGAUUUGCCUUUGUUUUCUAUCUCUCAACUGAGUGGUCGGACGCUUACGGAGGUCAGACCAACAUAUACAAUUGUGACGAUAACUGUGAUCCUACAACCAUAUUCAAGUCUCUUCCUGUCACCAGAAAUUCGCUGCUCCUUUUCGAAGUAUCAGAGAAAUCAUGGCAUUCUGUUGCUGAAGUGCUGGGCUCUAACCACGAUCCGCGUCUUUCCAUUAAUGGAUGGUUCCAUACAACUCGUAAAGUGGAGCCACGUAUACGACCACCACUGACUCGUCCUCGUCAUGUGCCACAGGAAGACGCAGAUCUCUCUACGAUUUUCAACGAUAAAAUUCUUACUGAUAUUUCCUGCGAGGGUAUUAGAAAGACAUUCGGCGAGGAAGAUGAGUUGCUCGUUAAAAUGGCAUUCCAGGAGUCAUUCCGAGAAAAGAUUUUGGAUGAGUUGGACUCUGUGAGCUGGACCGAGAAAGGUCCUGUGAACAAAAGAUGGAUAGCGGAGUACGAUGUUGAGGGGAAUAUUCCUCAGGAAACUAUAGCUAAGUUUGUCAAAGUCAUCAGAUCACAGACGAUGAUGGAUUUCAUCAAGAAGAUGACAGGAUUCGAGUAUGAAGACCCCCAAACUACGAUCUGGGCUUACCGCCUGACUCCAAGGUGCUACACGGUACUUGGCGAUGAAGACGCUGAGCAGUUCCUCAAAGAUGGAAUAUCAACUGAUUUGUGGUUUUAUUUCGGAAGAUCGCAGUGGGAAGAGGAUGCUGGUGGAACAGUCGUCUACAUCAGGAAAGAUCAAAAGGAUCCGGUACUUAUCUGUCCUCCCACCGUUGACGCCAUGGCACUGGUACACCGCCAAAAGGAUAUGUUCCCAUUUGUGAAGUACGUGAAUCAACUCGCUGGAAAAGAUCCGUUUUAUGUAUUCGGAUUGUCCGUUUAUGGAGGAGUCGCGCCUGAGAAGAGUGCUAGUGUAGGCGCUGGUGAUGCGCAAAACCAGGAGGAUAAUGGGUGA